AUGGCUCCAUGGUGGUACACGGCUAGCAGCACCCUGCUGCUAUCAAUGGGCGCCGUUGCUUGGCCUUAUUCGACCUAUACUUCUAUGCCCUUCCAGCCGCCUACUCUGGAAAUUAACCAGACUGGUGUUUCCGAUCCGGGCUAUAUCUUCCUGGGACCCCGUGGAAGUGUCCAGUCUGCUGGCCAGGCGGCGCUCAUCUACGAUAAUGCGGGCAACCUAGUCUAUGAGGGACCAGAGGAGGUCACUGCCAAUUUCCGUGUCCAGACACUGAAUGGCUCCGACGUGAUCACCUUCUGGGCCGGAGACAUGUUGUCUCUGGGUUACGGGUAUGGCACAGUCCACAUCCUCGACAACUCCUACCAGGAGAUCCACACUAUCACCCUGACCGGGCCCUUCAUCACUCCGGACAACUCCACCCAGGACUCGUACAUUGACCUGCACGAGAGCCACAUCACCCCGCGUGACACUUUGAUGGUUACCGCGUAUAACCUCACUCAGCAUGACCUGACCUCCAUCGGCGGCAACUCCUCCGACUGGAUGCUCGACAGCCAUUUCUACGAAAUUGACAUCUACACCAACGAGAUCCUCAACUCCUGGAGCGCCCUCGAGCACGAGGACACCAUCCCUUUGACCAGCUCUCACCAGAAGGUCGGCAACGACGUCGGCACCCAGGACGCACCCUACGACGCCUACCACAUCAAUGCCAUUACCACCACCAACAACGGCUACCUAGUCUCUCUGCGCCACAUGUGGUCCGGCUACUACCUGUUCCACAACGGUACCGUCGUGUGGCAAGUCAGUGGUGAAGACGGCGGUGAUUUUCAACAAGUCGGCGAGGCUGGCUUCUCAUGGCAGCAUGACAUGCGUGUUUACAACGAGACCGACUCCGGCCUCGUCCUGGACCUUUUCAACAACGCCAACACCCCCACCGACCAGGAAUCUGUCACCACCGGUGUCAGCCUCUCCAUCAACACUACCAACAUGACAGUCACCGGCCUCCGCUCUCUCAGCGACCCCAACGACCCCAUCCAUUCCGUCAGCCAGGGCAGCUACCAGCUGCUGGAUGAGACCGACGGCCACGUGUUCAUGGACUACGGCUCCAUCUCCAAGGUCAAGGAGUAUGACGGCGAUGACAAGGUCGUCUUCAGCGCCCAGUUCGGCGACGACAAUGACGUUGCUUCGUACCGUGGUUACCGUUUCCCUUGGGUCGGUACUCCCUUCUGGAAGCCUUCUGUUGUUGUCCAACGCACCGAUGAGGGUGCCACGGUUUUCAUGUCUUGGAACGGUGCUACCGAGUAUGACAACUGGGUUGUUUACUCGGCUACCUCCAACACCUCGGUUACCACCCAGCAGCUCAGCUCUGCGAACCGCACUGGCUUUGAGACUGCUGUCAAUGUGACCAGUCCCCCUACCGACUUCCUUCAGGUUGUUGCUCGUCAGGGUAACGCUGUUCUCGGAACGUCUGAGAUUGUCACUUUCUAA